AUGUUUGCAAUAUUUUUAUUCAUUUUACUCAUCUUUUCCAAAACACCGGUGAUCAAAAUGUUCAACCUCGACAUAAUUUCUCCUGAUUUUCGUACAGGUCCAUCGGGUUCUCUGUUUGGCUUUGCUGUUGUAUCAUCGUCAACUAAACAGCAGUGGUUUUAUGUCGGUGCACCUCAAGCACUACUCGCUCGACAACGAUCAACUUCAGUUAUAGCCAAUAGUACCAAUACAGUACCAAAUGGUCGUUUAUUUGGAAAUGUCUUCGAAUGUCGUAAUGGAACAAAUGAAUGUCGCGCCAUACUCAGUGAAGAUGACUUGUCGCAAUCAAUGCCGUCGUUUCAUAAUGUACUUGAUGACGCUUGGCUUGGUUCAUCAGUCAUUGCGACGUCCAAUGAUUCACUCGUCACAUGCGGAUAUCGUCUUAUGCGUAAUAUCAGUAUAGAUCGAUAUGAUAGUCGUGGCGGUUGUUUCAAAAUUUCCGCAGAUCGUCGUGAUAUAUCCUACUAUGAUUUUUGUGAACAAAGCUCAGAAACCGAACUAUUGCACGAAGGAAGCGCUCUUUGUCAGAGUGGUCUUAGUCUAGCUUAUAUGCCGGCCGGAGGAGGACGAUCGGAUAUUAUUGCAUUUGGUGAACCUGGUGCUUUUCAAUGGUCUGGUCGGAUUGAAGCUGAUUAUUCUGAUACACUUCUUCGACAAUUGUACGUUUUUAAAUCGACUUCUUCAACACCACAACCCUACAGUUAUCUUGGUUAUUCGGUAUUAAUUAUCAAAACUAAAAGUCGGGAUAUGAAUGAUCGAUCAUAUAUUUUUAUCGCAUCGGCACCACGUGCUUCCAAUGGUCGAGGAGAGAUACGUUUUUUUACAAAACGUUUUGUUUCAUCCCAUACAUUUGGUUAUGACACAUUGCAACCGAUCUUUCAUAUGAAUAAUAAUCGAUCUGUACCAUUAAUGUUAGUUGGUGAACAAACUGGAAGUUAUUUCGGACAUACAUUGACUGCGGGAGAUUUAAAUGGCGAUGGACAUACAGAUCUUGUUGUUAGUGCACCAUUUUUUUAUUCGAAGAAACCUUCGUACGGUGGUGCUGUUUAUAUCUAUUAUGGACUAAAUGGAAGGUUUUCUGACGAACGACGCGAGAUAUUGCAGGGACCGGCAGCCGAAUCACGUUUUGGUUUUGCCGUUGUUUGCAUACCAGAUCUAAACAAAGAUGGAAUCGAUGAUCUGGCUGUUUCAGCACCAAGUGAAAAAGAUGAUGUUCAUACCGGAAGUGUCUAUAUCUAUCUCGGUUCUCGAACAAAUAAACUGAUGAAAUUCACACAAAAAAUUGUUCCAAGUCAAUUAUUAUUGAAUACUAAACAAACAGUCAAUAUCAGUGAUUUUGGGUUUUCGUUAUCCACGCAAUCUCCAUUCAAUUCUCCACUUUCGUUCUCAUCUUCAUUAUCCACAUCUUCCAAUUCGACCAUAUUGAUCGAAUAUCCUUCAUUGAUUAUUGGUGUUCCGAAAGCCAAUAUGGUUUAUAAUUUAAGAUCUCAUCCAUUAGUCAAUGUGAAUGUUCAAAUUGAGAAUAUGAAAGAACUGCAAGCGAUUCGCUAUAGUACUGAAGAUCGCCAUUGUAAAUCGAUCGAUGGAACACCAGUUGUUUGUUUUAGCGUUCAGAUAUGCGUGGAAUCCAAAGAUAAACUAGCACAAAAUUUAAUGAUUAUUUACACAUUAACUGCAGAUACUUUGUUCACAAUUGGUCGAAUCCUAUCGAAUAUCAAUCAUUUACCAAGUGUAACAACCAAGCAACUUGUGAAUACAUGUGAAAAUCAAACAUUUUUUGCAAAGAGUGGAAAUGAUGAUUUCUUAACGCCAAUUCAUUUCUCAUUGGUUUAUAAUGUUUCACAAGAUCGAAAUGAACUUCGAUCAAAAACAUUUCUUGCUGAUGUUGCUCUUCCGAUGAUUAAUGGAACUGAAGAUGAACGAACGAAAAAAUUUCAAGCGAAUUUCUAUAAAGGAUGUGGCAAUAAUGAUCAAUGUAUAACUGAUCUUCAAUUAACUGCAGAAUUCGUCAAUGGACAAAAUAUCAUUUCUCACCAUGACUCAACAUCGAAUCUUCCUGUACUUGGCUUUGAUUCAGAAAUUCGCAUUCGACUUGUUCUGGCCAAUGUACCAGCCGAACCCAACCGUCGACAAGCAGAUCCAGCAUUUGGAACGAAAAUUGAUGUAUACUUCCCAGCAUUCUUCGUACAGUUUUCACAAGCUAUUAUGGAAGAUAAAAGUUAUUCGUGCCAACCGAUACUUGGCAAUCACGUUCGAUGUAAAAUGACCGAUUUCUUCAAUAGACCAUUUCCACCAGAAAAGAUUUCGAUUAUUGAACUUAUUUUUACAUUAUCAAAUGUUUCAUUGAGUAAUAUUUUACGUUUUGAUUUUCAUUCGACAACAUUAACAAAUGAAACGAAUUUGGAAAAUAAUAAUGUGGCAUUAACAGCCAAAGUUUUGUUGAAAACUGACUUAAGUCUACGUGCAGGACAUGAACCAGAGCAAAUUUCCUUGACGGGCGAUGGAACACUCGGAUUAAGUUCAGUGAAAACUAUUGAACAAUUUGGAAUGGAAGUAACACAUGUUUACACAAUCAUAAACAGUGGUCCAAAUAGUGUUCGUUCGCAUAAUGUAACUAUCUAUUGGCCAUAUGAAACAUUAGAUGAACAGUGGGAACAUGGAAAACUUCUACUUUAUCUCGUUGACGAGCCCAUUCUUGAAGUCUCUUCAAGUUUAUCGAGUAGCGGAACGAAAAUCGAUGGACAUUGCGAACGUUUGGCACAAUGGCGUGAUCAUAUUCAUAUACUUGAUUCACUUAAUCGAACGUCAAUUACUAAUCGAAAACGUCGUGAUGAACAAAAUUCAGAAAACGGAAUAGACUCCAAAGCUUCAUUAGCGACAAUCAUCACAUCACCUAUCUCAUCCAUUAUGCGUUCGUUAACGUUGUCCUGCGAUCCAAACUAUCAAAACGUUCGUUGUUAUCCAAUCUACUGUCAUAUCAAUAGUCUUUCGGCACAAAACUAUUAUUUCAUUAAACUUCGUGCUCGAUUAUGGAACAGUACAUUAAUCGAAGAAUAUAUCGAUAAAUAUGAUCGAAUUGACAUUCAAUCAUUUGCAUCAAUACAUAUUAAUGAUGUACUUAUACAUCAAACAUCAACGGACAAUGACAAUGCUACUGCAACAACACCGGUUGAGUUUGCGAAUCGAUCGGAUAAAAUCAUUGUACCACGAUUACCACUUUGGGUACCGCUAGUCGGAGCUAUGGCUGGUCUUAUCCUUCUCGUCUUUAUCGUCAUUGUUUGCUGUCUACUUGGUUUUUUUCAACGAACGAAAGCUCCACCAAUAAAAAAGAAGCCGACAGCACUUCCACUCGAUGGCACCACAACGAAUAGCUCUAGUGAUGAACACCAACGGAUCCUUCUACGACAAGCCCAUCGUCAACAAACUUUCUAUCCCUCAUCAACAACGAAUUCAUUCAAUGAAGACAAUUUCUUAUCUCAACAAACAACGAUUCCGUUGAUACACUCAAUACCCGAAGUGCCAUCUGCUGAUAACCCAGACAUCGAUGAAGAUGAAGAAGAUGAUGACUUAGUUCACAACAAUCUUGGAAAUCAAUCAGACAUCGAAGAAGAAGCACGUUUUCCAGUCGAAUAUGAUGACGAUGAAUAUUCAUCGAAAAUGAAUGAACCUUUAGUAGAUGUAGAAUCUAUCAAUCAAUCAGUGAAGUAA